AUGGAAAUGUGUGAGCGGAAUCCUUUAAAUCCCGGCUAUGUUGGUUCUCUGUUGAAUUUUGCUCCACCUGAGUCGCUGUAUUUCUCCAACUUGCGGGGUAAUGGAGCCCACAUACCCGGGCUGCACCAGAUUCCUUACAAUAGGAGAGAGGUGUGCACGCUCCCGUGGACUUCCUCAAGUUCGUGCACGUCCAGACCGGCAGCACCGCCACAGAACCGCGCCUUCGGAGGCUACUGUCCGCCGUUUCUGUCCAACUCGGUGUCUAUAAAUACUAACUCCUCCAGCGGCCACGUCAAGGCGCAUUUGGAGGAGGCGGCUCGAUGCUUUCAGGAACCACCAAACCACAAAACAGAGGAGUCUGGGAGACAAGAUGAAGUUUACGCCGGGGAGCACGGGCCAGCCAGUGACCGCGGCUACUCAGAUUUGCACAGCCGGUCUCACGGUUCUGCGGCUCACAUAGAUGCGGAUUCAGCAGCAGGUCCCCUGAAUGUGAACGGCACCAAACAGGAGCAUAAUCCCCUUCAGCCACCAUCGAGUAACACAUGCUCCAGGACGACUUUUGAAGGUGCCCCAUGGUGCUCGUCACAAGUGAAAACCAGAAAGAAGAGAAAGCCUUACUCGAAGCCACAGCUGGCUGAACUUGAGAAUGAAUUUAUGAUGAAUGAAUUCAUCAACAGACAGAAACGGAAAGAGCUGUCGGACAGACUGGACCUGAGCGACCAGCAAGUCAAAAUCUGGUUUCAGAACCGGAGGAUGAAGAAGAAACGACUCAUGAUGCGUGAGCAAGCUUUCUCCGUGUACUGA